CCACUAGCUAUAUUGUAAAAACUAUAGUUUUUCGGUUUAUUUCAUUUGCAGAUCAACAUGUGAUCAAUCAAAAAAUGAAGAUGAUUUUGUUAUUCAGUACCAAGAUGAUGGAAGUUUUUCCCGAGAUAUUGAAAAUAAUGACAGCCAUACUGUUCAACAAUCAUUACUUUCUAAUGAAGAUGAUCGAAUUCAAUCACCAUCACAUCUUCGUCAAAUCUCGUCAUCAAUCAUCAAUGAUUCAACAACAAGUCAAACAGAAGAAACCAAUAAUAUAGAUAUCACAAAUACAACAUCUUCAAAGUGUACACCAACUUCGCUAGCAUCGUCUUCAUCAUCAAAAUGUAAAGAAUUGAACACAACCAGCUGCAUUAGUUUAAAUGGUACACAUAAAGAAAAUGAUGUUGAUCGUGAAAUGUCAAUGGUUGGUCAAACAACACAAGAACCUACAAAUUCUCCUAUACCUCUCCAAUCUUCAUCCAAUUCAAUAGUUCAUUAUGAAAUGCCUACUUUAACACAAACUCCAACAACAACUGCUACUAAGAAAAAAAGACAACGUCGUGUUUAUGCUACGAAAACAACACCUUAUCCAACAAGACGACGAGGUCAAUUAACAGCUAAACAAACAUGA